AUGAAGUUGAUAGUGAUGCUCACUGUGUCCGUGCUUUGGUUGAAGUAUCAUCGCUGUGCUCCUACAUGGAAGAAGAUGGAUCCACAAAUAAAUCUCAAAAACUUAUCUGAAAUCGGGGAGAAAUACGUAGAUGAAGAGAUGAAGAAAGCUCUGAUGGGAAUUAAGCAGAUGAAAACCAUGAUGGAAAGAAAUGAGGAGAAACACAGAGAGCUGAUGAAAACCCUGAAGAAAAGCAGCAAAGAAAAGAAGGAGACGCAGCGACUUGUGGAUGAAAUAAAGGAAAGGCUGGAAGAGGAGGAGAGGCGUUGCCAGUUGUCCCUGACGGCUUCAUGGGAUGAAUGCAAGUCAUGUCUGGAAAACAUCUGCAUGAGAUUUUAUACCACUUGCCAGCCAAGUUGGUCCUCUGUGGUAGAUAAGGUUGAAAACUUUUUCAAAAAAAUACCUCCAAUCAUUUUUCCCCUCCGUGAGGCUCAAGGAAGAGAUGCUCCUUCCAAUGGAAACCUUGAGGAGGAGGAAGAGGGGGAAGAGGAUGUUCAGCUCACGAAGAUGGAGAACCAAUUUGGCCAGCUGAGCCUGGAUAUCAGCUCCCUGUUUGAGAGGAGCGCUGAUUUUUUCAGACAGAUCCGGCAAGAAUUCGAUCCGACUUUUCAGUCUUAUUUCCUGUCUGACACAGAGUUAACCGAGCCCUGCUUUCUGCCUGCGACCUCGGAGGCCCCAAAGAGAAAUGUUGGUUUUCUGAAGAGCUGGGAGAUCCCCAACUUCUUUCAGCUCAUUUUUGAUUUUAGCCGAUCCAUUUUUGAAGGUGUGAGCGAGGUGAUUACUGAAACCCUGAACAGACUCCCGGAUACAAUCGAGGAUUUGUCCGAACAAGCCAAAGAUUCGGACCAAAAGGGAACGUUCACUGAGCUCUCACCGGGACAAAACAGAGCACUGUGUAGAGAACUGCGACCACAUUCUUCUAAAUGUCUCCAAUUUAAUGAAAGAUGCCAAGAAUGUCAGAAUAACCUAUUGAAAGAGUGCCCUGGGGUCCCCGAGCUGCACGUGAACUUUGACGAAGCCUUCAGACUAGCCAAUGUCUCCAAACAUCAGUUUGCUGAGAUCUUCCAGGUGGUAGAGCAUCACAUGGAAGACACCGUCUAUUUGAUGGGGAAGUUGAGAGACAGAUUCGGAUGGGUGUCUGAACUGUCCAACCGGACGGCAGGAUCUGAGAACAUCUUCAACGAUGACAGACUAUUACUGUGGGAGCACAACUAUUAUGCAAGGAGAGCUCACAAUCUUAAGAGUUCAAAUUCAGAAAGGGGAACUAAUCUCAUUAAACCUAGCCUCAAAAAGGUGGUCCCGCGAAUCCAAGAAGAAAACUCAGCCGAUCCAAGUGACACAGAGGUGGAGGUAAACAUCCUGACUUCACCUACUUUAACGAUCAGGGUUCCUGAUGAGUUAAGCCCGGAAGACUCGGCCUUUAUUGAAUAUGUAGCUGAAGAAGCACUGCGGUUUUACAAACAGAGUUUUUAA